UUCAGUCGCCACAGGGAGGCUUAUCUGGGGUCAGCCCUGCUAUCCUCUCCUGCAGCAUCCGCAGUAAGCCUCUCGCUCCCUCUCGCCAUCUCUCUGCAACUUCCACCAUGAGUGUGAGGAUCAAACGUGUCAGCUCAACCAGCAGCACGGUUAGGACCACUAAGUCUGGCGGCUAUGGCUAUGGCUAUGGCUUGGGCUUCAGUGGCCUCUCCCUGGGCCCCUCACACGGGUUCAGCAGCAGCAGCAGCAGCGGAGGUGGCUACAGCAGCAUCAGCUCAGUGACAGUUAACAAGAGUCUGCUGGCCCCCCUCAACCUGGAGAUUGACCCCAACAUCCAGAUCAUCCGCACCAAGGAGAAGGAGCAGAUCAAGAGCCUCAACAACCGCUUCGCCUCCUUCAUUGACAAGGUGCGGUUCCUGGAGCAGCAGAACAAAAUGCUGGAGACCAAGUGGGAGCUCCUUCAUAGCCAGACCACCAGCCGCUCUAAUAUUGAGCCCAUGUUUGAGGCCUAUAUCGUCAACCUGCGUCGCCAGCUGGACGUGGUCAACAACGACAAGACCAAGCUGGACGGAGAGCUAAGUAACAUGCAGGGCCUGGUGGAGGAUUUCAAGCACAAGUAUGAAGACGAGAUAAACAAGAGAACCAGCCUGGAAAAUGAAUUUGUCGUGCUAAAAAAGGACGUCGAUUCUGCUUACCUGAUCAAGGCGGACCUGGAGGACAAGGUGGGAGCCCUGACCGAGGAAAUCAACUUCCUGAGGGCCAUAUAUGAGGAGGAACUCCGUGAGCUGCAAGCUAGCAUCAAGGAUACCUCUGUCAUUGUCCAGAUGGACAACUCCCGCAAUUUGAACAUGGACCAGAUAGUGGCAGAGGUGAAGGCUCAGUAUGAGGAGAUUGCUGCCAGGAGCCGUGAGGAGGCAGAGGCUUGGUACAAGACUAAGUUUGACCAAAUAUCGAAGAAGGCUACUGAGUGUGGAGACGAGGUGCGCAACACAAAGCUUGAGAUUGCAGAGCUCAAUCGCAUGAUCAGCCGCCUGCACAAUGAGAUUGAUGCUGUGAAGGGACAGCGUGCCAACUUGGAGAGCCAGAUCACGGAGGCAGAGGAGACUGGAGAGCGGGAAGUGAAAAAAGCCAGGGCCGUCAUUCACGGCUUGGAGGAUGCUCUGCAGAAAGCCAAGCAGGAAAUGGCCCGUCAGCUGAGAGAGUACCAGGAGCUGAUGAAUGUUAAGCUGGCCCUGGAUAUUGAGAUCGCCACCUACAGGAAGCUGCUGGAGGGAGAAGAGGACAGACUUGGACAACAGUCCAUAAUCAGUAUCCAAUCAGUGCCUAGCUACAGCUCCAAAAUCUCCAAUGGGUUUCAGCAGCAGCAACAGCAGACCAGCUCUGCAUCAAAGGUUCUGAUCAAGACGAUCGAGACCCGUGACAACGCCAGAUUCAGCACCCACUAGGAAUACUCUCUCAAAAUGUGUGCUCAUUUUUGUAACCCAAAGGUCUUUAUGAGCCAGAGCCCCUGCCUCUAUCUGCUCCUCUGCUGUAACUAUGGUGUAUUCAAAUUCAACUAAGGUGUAUUGAAACAGUCAUUUUUUUACUAUUCUGAUUCAUGAGGUGGACCUGAUCCUGUCAGAGAUCAUGUAUAAUCUCUGUUACAGUCUCAAUCUUUGUGUAAGAACUUCAGUUUUUGUACCUUUGUCCUUAUACUCUCACAGCAUUUACAAAGUAACUCAUUAUUACUAUGAGAAGAUUACAGAGGUGCAUCACUGUAAAUGACUGUCAGUCUUCUAUGUCUUGAGUGAAAAUUUCUAUGGAAUGGCAAUGCAUUAUCUCUGAGUGACUCUAUCCUCACAAUAUAUAAAUACAACAAACA